CACAUUACAAGUGUGAAGAUUUAGUGAACAUUAUUGAUUCUUAUAGAAUUUUGGACAUGUAGCAAACAGGUGAAGGAAUCCUUGGUUAGAGACAGGCUAUUAGACCGAAGUGUUCAGCAGUGGCUUGUUUGAACCAAGAGCUUGGACCAUUGCAGAGUUGACCAGGAAUUCGACAAGCAUGGAAACACAGGACGACAGAGCAUUCAAAGCAGAAAAUGCCUUGGACUUCUACAUCUACAACUACAUGUUGAAGAAGAAUUAUCACAAUUCCGCAGAUGCUUUUUUUAAGGAAGGCAAAGUAAUGCCACCAUCGUUGCCAGCUGCAGAGGAGUCUGAGGAUGGAUUCUUGCUCGAAUGGUGGACCGUCUUUGCGGAAAUUUACUUCUCUCGGAUCAGAACAAAGUUCUAUAACCUGGAGAUGCUGCACAAUACCACACGGCACCAGUCCGGACAUCGCAGUACCCCCCAAGAUCGCCUCACAGUUGAGCACCUGCCAUCUGAUCAGGAUUUGGAGAGGAGAAACAUUUAUUUAGGUCAACACUACAGCAAUGGAUAUUUACUUGGAGAUUACCCCCGAAGAUUAUAUGCCAGAGUGCACGAAGGACUUUUCAAAUAUACACAACAAAGCAGUGACUGUGUGGUACCAGCUUUGCUGGAAGACGCUUUCGGUGCAACCUUGCCAGCUUUGUCAGAUCAAGAAGUUAUGGAUUUUCUACAUCCAUCUUUCCAUCAGUUUUCUGGAAGACGUACAUGUGAGAUGGAUAAUUAUGGUUCAACUCUGGUGAACCUAGGAUGCAGCAAUGACAGCAAUUUCAACUUCCCAAAAAUCAAUCCGUCGUCUACAAAGAGGAAUGACGAUCAUUUUCCACCAGAAAAAUCACAGAUUGGAUCUCCACAAACUCCUCAAUUUCUGGUUCCGACUUCUCAGCAGCACCUUCCCGGCCCAGCUGGAGAAAUACAGGCACCUUAUGGACGUUCUUCCUGGGUGAAAGUUACUUCUGAGGUUUCCAGCAAUUGUUUCCAGACAUCUAAAUCUCCAAAUGCCCAGGUGUCUGCAAUUGUUGACAACAAGGAUGUCUCUCAAUUUUCUGAACCUUCAACGCAAGUUUCCUUACCUUCAACAAAAGGCAAUCGGACUGAAGAAAUUUUCAUGAAAAUGAGGCAGCUAGCUCGCAUGCAUGGUCUGACGAAGAAUCCUCGACCAAAAGCAAAGCAGCGGAAUUCUCUGAGGAGGAUGAGGCACGAUGUUCAAGAUGCAAUUAUAAACAGAUAUCCUGCUCUUGAUGGAAAAUCAAGCAGUAUCAGAUCUGAUACUGACCUGGCAAAAUCUUCUCAGGAAACGGAAACAAAAAUAGAAGAUCCUGAUAUUAGAUUUGCUGACCAUGAGGUAAGAAAGACUUCAGGAGAAGCUUGAUCAGUAGGUAGAACAGAAGUUUAGAAUCAACAUUAGCAGCAGGGUCUCAGAAAAUUAUAAGAACCUCUCUAGGAAACGUUUGAAUCAUAGGUUCUUCAGAUGAUAGCACUGGUCCAUCGUUUGGUUGCAGUAUUCAAGUUUCUAUCUGCUACUGACUUAUUUAGGAAAGAACACAAGGUUCCAGAAAACUUCGUACUAGACAUUCUAAAAUACGAUAACAAACGAAUCAUGUAAGUUGCAUAAUUGUGUUGCGGCAAGUUUAUCCUCUAUUUUGAUGUAAGUACGGUUCAAG